AUGUCGACCACCACUACCACCACCACCACCACCACCACCACCACCCAGGAUCUCCCUGUAUCAUCCAAGUCACCCCCUCAAUAUUAUGGGAAACUCCGCUUCAUUCCACCGGGGCAGACACCAAAGGGAAGCCCGCAUAACUUCCACUUACCAGCCAUAUCUGAAUUUGGGGACAUUCGUUUACAAGCACUGGUCGACAUGCGACCGGUCCCCACGACAUCAGAACUUCCAGAUGCACCAGUAGGCACAGCAAAACUCUCAACUCACGGGUUUGCUGCUGUCAGGCACCCGACCACCUUGAACUCGGCGCCAUUUACUAAAGACAGCUGGAAAGACCCACAGUUAUUGAAACAAUUCUACAUGCCAGAGACCGAAGAAAUGGUCAAGCAGAUCACUGGAGCAAAGACCGUGAUUACCGAGUCCCUCCUUCUCCGCAGCGAAGUCUGGUCGGAAACCGAUGCACUAGCCGCUCAUGCUGGCCACGGUGAGAAGGCUGAGUCCGAUGCAGAAGCACAGAGCAAGGAGCAGCGGCCUGAAGAGACCGACUUGGAGCUGGGCUUUCCUCAAUUCAUCGGCUUUUCACCCACCACCGGAGGCGCGAGUCCAGCACCCAAAGUCCACCUCGACUAUGCCCCCAACGGCGCUCGCACGCACAUUCGCAAAUUCCAUCCGACCAUGGCAUCCAUAGCUGACUCAGUCAUCCGGGCAGAAGAACAGCUCCUCUCAGAAGGCAAAUCCCUCCGCGAGUCCUACGCCUCCUCGGGCGCCGGCCCACGCUGGGCACUCUUCUCUAUCUGGCGCCCUCUGAAACGCGUGACGCGUGAUCCUCUCGCGCUAGGCGAUGCGCGGACGUUCCUCGAAUCAGACUAUGUCCCCGUCAUUGUGAAGACGCCGAAUCUAGGUAUUCCAGGCGACAAAUCCACCCAUGAUACCGAAAGCUAUCUUGCGCACUGGUCCAAGGGCCAGAAGUGGUAUUUCAUUUCGCAUCAGGAGCCGGAAGAGGUUCUCGUCAUUGGCCUUUUCGACUCGGAACGCGAUAAUGAGACUGUUGCGGCCGGCGGGACCCUGCACAGCAGUGUUGAUCUACCUGGAACAGAAGGUGAAGAUGCGCGAGAAAGCUUGGAGCUGAGAUGUCUUGCCAUCUGGUAA